AUGGGUGGUGAAGUCAUGAAACUCAUACUACAUUACGAGGGUUCAGUGAAGACAUUAUUUGAUGUGGACUCUGAUUUGUCUAACUUUAUGGACAUGCUUGAAGUUACCACAACUAAUUUCAAGAUCCCACCUGAUAGCAUUAUUACACUACAAUAUAUGACACCAUCCAACAGUAUGAAAGUUGUUGCAAAUGACAAGGAUCUGAUGGAUAUGUUCAAAGACCAUGUGCAAGUAGGUUGCAAAGUCAUCCAUAUUUAUUCACAUCGGUUGCCUAUUGAGGUUGUAGGAUCUUCUCAGUUGACAUCGCCUAAUAUUCCUACACAGUUCCAUCAUGGAGUGGCUUCGGAUGAAGAAAGUGAUGGAGAUUAUCAUGAAGAUGAAGAGGACCACGAGGAUGACUUGUUAUUUGAUGAGGAUAGACCUGAUGUCAGUGAGGAAGAAAAUGUGGAGGAUGAUGACAUUUACACGGCCAAUGUUGAUUCAAGUGUAGAGGAUUAUGAAGUAGAAGAGUCAAUUGAUAAAGAGGAACAUGGAUUUUGGAAAGGGAAUGAAGACAUUGAGAAAGCACUCUGUGUAGGCAUGAAAUUCCCAUGUAAGAAAGAUUAUGGCAUGAUUUUGCAUGAUUAUUCCAUAAAGAUGGGUGUAGCAUUGAAGAAGGUUUGGAAUGACAAGAGGAGGAUUGCACAUAGGUGCGCGUUUGAAGAUUGUAAGUGGCGGAUAUAUGCUGCUGUCCUUCGUGAUGGUACAACAAUUCAGAUUCGGACAAUGCAGGCAGAGCAUAGUUGCCCUAGGACGAGCAAUAACCCAUUUGCCACAUCAGCGUGGUUAGCAGAAAAGAUAGGGGACAAGUUGAGAGAUGACAGGGAAAAAAGUGCUAAGGUGAUCAUGAGAGAAGUCCAACGGGACUAUGGUGUGGCAAUGUCUUGUUCACAAGUAUAUAGAGCUAAGAGAAAAGCAAUUGAGGGCAGUCGGAAAGAUCAAUACAAGUUGCUGCCAAGGUAUCUAGAGGCCAUUGUAAAGUGGAAUCCGGGAAGUAUAGUACAUUUAACAACUCAGUCGCUCCCAAUUCAACCUCCUGUAUUUGAAAGGUUGUUUGUAAGUUUUAAUUCCAUGAGAAAGGGAUUCAUAGAGGGGUGUCGACCUUUCAUUGGCCUUGAUGGUACUCAUCUUAAGACAACACGUGGUGGGGUCCUAUUAAGUGCCAUUGCUCUAGAUGCAAAUCAAGGUAUAUUCCCUGUUGGUUUGGCAAUUGUAGAGAUUGAGGAUCAACAUUCAUGGGGCUGGUUUCUGCAAUUAUUGCAAGACACAAUCGAACCAUGGCAACACCAAGCAUUGAACUUCAUUUCAAGCCGACAAAAGGGGUUGCUAAAUGCAUUUGAUCGUGUAAUGCCUGGAGUUAGGCACAGAUUUUGUGUGAGACACUUAUACAAGAACUUCAAGGCCAAGUAUCCUGGCCGCCUAUUAAAGAAUGCACUUUGGAGUGCAUCAAAUGCAUUUAAUGAAGUUGAGUUUAAGAAGCACAUGGAAGAAUUAAGGAAAUCAAAUUCUGAAGCAUUCAAUUGGCUUUCAACAAUUCCAGAUUGGGCUUGGAGUCGACAUGCUUUUGCAAGGCAUACAAAGGCACAGGAGAAUGUGAACAACUUAUGCAAAUCAUUCAACAAUUGGAUUAGAGUAGAAAGGGAUAUAUCCAUCAUCACUUUGAUGGAAUCCAUUAGAAACAAAUGGAUGAAGAAGAUUCGUAUUAGGUAUGGUAGAAUGGUUGAACAUAAGGGAAAGAUUUGUCCCAAUAUCCAAAAGAAGCUAGAGAAUACCAAGAUUGCUGCCAGACAAGGGGACUUGACACCUAUAGGAAAUGAGGAGUUUGAGGUGACAUAUCAUAACUACAAAUAUGUAGUAAACCUUAAUCAAAGAACUUGCACUUGUGGUGAAUGGGACUUGACUGGCUUACCAUGUAAGCAUGCCAUGAAAGCCAUUAUCUACCAGCGGGUCAAUCCUGAAGAUUAUUGUGACGACUUUUUUACCAAGGAGGCCUUUUUGAGAUCAUAUGGGCACAUAAUUCAUCCCAUGCCUGAUGAGAAAUAUUGGCCACCAUCUGAUAGACAAGUUGAGCCCCCUCCAAGGCCCAAAAAGAUUGGUCGACCCAAAAAAGCAUGCAAGAAGGGCCCGGAUGAACAUGCUACAAAUAAGAACCCAGGAAAGAUAUCAUUGAGAAGUAGUCACUUUUGCAAGAUAUGUAAUCAGCCAAACCAUAAUAGAAGGAAAUGUCCACUGAGGCCACGAAAUGAAGAAGGGCAAUCAAGUCAGCAAUUUACUCUGCCAAAGCAGCAAAAAGAAAAGGGUCAACCAAAAAAUGGUAAGCAAGGCCACGAAAGGCAACAAAAGAGACAGAAUCAGCCACAAAGUGGUGGCCAACUGUAUUCUCCGGAUACCCAACAACCUAUUCAGCAGCCAAGUCAGCAGUCUAUUGAGUAG